GGAUGAUAUCCAUGAGCGAUACUUACAGUGAGCCCAAAUUCCGAAAACAUCAUGCCGGGAGCACUAACCCAUGGCCUCGCCUUAUUAGUGGCAGUCAUCUAUGCAUGUUUCAUCUCCGUGGUCCUCAUGCCCAUAUUUCUUCUCUUCAAUGCGAUUCCGACUCUCCCGAAUCAGCUUUAUGAGACUUUCAGAGGAUCACAGACCAUGAAUCGACUUCGCGAUAAUGGUGUUCCGAACUUGGGGACAGUGAUUGAGAAUCGAAGAAGACGUCUCGCCGAGCGACCACAGCUUCCUGAGGAUUCUCCCGGCGCAAGAGACACUCCGGAUGAUGAGUUACCACAAGCUAGACGAGAGUGGAGAGUCUCUCGUCAUGAGAUCAUGAUGGGGAGAGAAUAUCGGAUUGCGCAGUAUCGAGGCUUUCUUCAUGAGUUCCAGGAGCGGAAUGCGAAUCGUGCGCUUCAUCCGGGUCAACUCGCUGCUCUUCCGGAAAUCGAUGAUGCUCUACCUGAACUCGACGAUGAUUCUACUUCUGACGAUGAGUUUGACAUCUAUGAUUGGGAGAUGAGUCUCCCUUGAUAUCGCUAUUUUCCUUAAUAAGAGAGCAAUUCUAAAUGUGGUGGUGGUGUCCCUCAGAGGAGGAUAAAAAUAAAUAAAGCUUUAGUUUUUGCAAAUUUCCAAAUAAAUCUACACGACAAACA